AUGCUAUUUUGUUAGAUUGAGAAUCAUGACGAUAGCUAGAUUUUGGGAUGUUGCAUAAAAUAAGAUUGUAAGCAUCCUAGACCUUAUUGUUAAUAUUGUAUGACUUCCUUGCAUUUUGAUCAUUUUUAAUAAUUAAAAAGCUUUAAGCAACUAAAUGAAUUGAUAUUACAAAAAAUGAAAUCAUAUGAUUAUUUGAUGAAUAUGAUCCAGCAGAUAAAAAUCUCAAUAAAUACUAUUUAUGAAAUAGUAAAUCCACUCUAUGUUCAUCCAUUAGAUAAUGUAUAAUCAUUAUCCCAUAGUUACCUCAAUGAUUAAAUUAUAAAACUAAUGAAGAUUGAAGUAGCAGAGGCAACGGGAGGUUUAAUUGUGAAUAUCAAAGAAUUGAAUAACCGAAUAUAUAAUUUAUGCUGCAAAUUUCAAAAUUUGAAGUCUUUUCCCAUUAAAUAAACCAAUUUUUCUGAAUAAAUAUAUCAGAGGAGAUAACAAGACUCAUAUGUCUCAAUAGAACCAUAAUUGGAGAAAUAAAAUCAAGAAAUCUCUUAAAAUCUGCCUAUACAUUUUUCCUCUGACUAUAAAGAUAGAUACAUAGAACUAGAGAACAGCAGCAAGAAAGCAAUUAAUUUAAAUUUUGGAUGGAAGGUUGCUAUUUGCGAACCAAAAAUUCCAAAUAAUAAUUGCCCUAUUACAUUUUAGUUUAAAAUUAUAAAUGCAAAUGCUUGUGAUAUAGGAGUUUGUCAUAGGAAUAAAAUUAUUCAAGCCAAUUACUAACCUGAAUUAGUAAAGGCUUCAGGUCAUGGUAUUUAUUGUAUCAACCAAUAAGGAUAUGUUUACUCUAACCUAAAUUAAAAUAUCAAUAAUCAAAAAUAAUCAAUUUCAUUUAAAAAUAAUGAUAUCAUUUCAGUUGAAGUAAACUACUAAAAAUAAAGAAUAUUAUGGACAAAUUAGACUUUACAGAAUUAAUAUUCGAUGAAAUUCGAUAUUACAGAAGAUUUAUAUCCAUGCGUUGGAAUAAGUUAUGGAGAAAUCAUAACAAUAUUGAAUACCUGA